AGCAUGGCUGCAUCCCUGGACCUUCAGAUUGACGCGCCCCUGGAGGUUGAAGGAUGCUUAAUAAUGAAAGUGGAAAAGGACCCCGAGUGGGCAUCGGAGUCCAUUCUGGAAGGAUCGGAUAGCUCUGAGUCUGAGACCCUUCGCAAAUGCUUUAGGCAAUUUUGUUACGAGGAUGUAGCCGGACCCCAUGAAGCUUUCAGUAAACUCUGGGAACUUUGCUGCCGUUGGCUGAAGCCAGAAAUGCGUUCCAAAGAGCAGAUCCUUGAGCUGCUGGUGAUUGAGCAGUUUCUCACCAUUUUACCCGAGAAGAUUCAGCCGUGGGCACAGAAGCAAUGUCCGGAAAGUGGAGAGGAGGCGGUGGCCCUGGUAAUACAUUUGGAAAAAGAGACUGGAAAACUAAAACAACAGGUUAGCAGUCCUGUGCACUUGGAGAAGCAAGUGCCCCUGGGAGCAGCAUGGGAGGUGGCAGACUUCCAGCCAGAGCAGGAGGAGACCCAACCCAGAGCGCUGUCUCGCGAGGAAGCUGCAAGCCUCCACUCCAGACACCAGGAGCAGCUGAACCGGAAGAGAGAGCAUCGACCUUUACCCAAGAAUGUACGCCCUUCUCCCUGGGCCUCUGCUGACGAAUGGAACAUCAUGGGUCCGGAAGUAACAGCCAUACGACCUCCUGUUGGUUCUCAGGGACCAGGGAAAGAUGUCCACGUGGCAAGAGGUUCUUCCUACAAAAAAAGUGUGCAUCCUGCUCACAGAGACCUCUACCAAGAUGUUAGGAAAGAGACUGUGGGAAACAUGGUCUCCCUGGGAAGUAUAGUGUCUGUAUCUAACAAGAUAGCCCCGUUAGAGCAAAGGAAGGAGACAUGGACCACAGGUCUACAGCCCUCUAAUAAAAAGAAUAUUCUGCGAAGCAGCUACAUCAAGGGAAAGUCAGUUCAUGCUAUUCAGAUCCCUGCAAGGAACGCAGCAAAAAUGUGGAGAGAGCAGCAGCAGUGGGGCUUAGAAGAUGAAAAAAUAGCAGGUGUGCACUGGAGCUAUGAGGAAACUAAGACUUUUCUUGCAAUUCUCAGAGAGUCUCGCUUUUAUGAAACACUUCAGGCUUGUCCCCGAAACAGCCAGGUGUAUGGUGCUGUAGCUGAAUGGUUGCGAGAAUGUGGCUUCCUCCGAACACCAGAACAGUGUCGGACCAAGUUCAAAAGUCUCCAGAAGAGCUAUCGGAAAGUAAGGAAUGGCCACCUGCUAGAACCCUGUGCCUUCUUUGAGGACAUGGAUGCUCUGUUGAACCCGGCAGCACAUGCUUCAACCACUGUUAAGGCAAAGAAGACUCUCUCUCCCCCCAGACUAAAAAGAAUUGGUAUCAGUGCUAAAGAACAGGUCAGUUUGGCAGAGGAAGAAGCCACAGAAGAAUCUGAUGGGGAUGAAAUGGGCGUUGAACUUAUCCAGAAGUCUGAGAUUCGUGGUGCCCCUGUCUUGUUCCAGAACCUGAGUGGUGUGCACUGGGGCUAUGAGGAAACCAAGACUUUUCUUGACAUCCUCCAGGAGACUCGGUUUUAUGAAGCACUUCAAGCCUGCCAUCGGAAGAGCAAGUUAUAUGGGGCUGUGGCUGAACAACUGCGCGAGCGCGGCUUCCUCCGGACACCAGAACAGUGUCGGACCAAGUUCAAAAGUCUCCAGAAGAGCUACCGCAAAGUGCAGAAUGGCCAUGUGCUCGAGCCCUGCGCAUUCUACAAGGAGAUGGACGCCCUGAUCAACUCCCGGGCCUCUGUGCCUACCCCCGGUUCCCCAGAGGAAGUGCCGUCACCCUCAAGGCAGGAAAGAGAGGAUCUUGAGAUUGAACCCCAGGAACCUACAGGCUGGGAACCUGAGGAGACCUCACAAGGGGCAAUAGUAGAAGAUUCUGGGAGUGAGAGAAUGAGUGAGGAGGAAAUUGCACAAGACUCAGAAUACCAGGGAUCCCCAGGUCUGCUGCAAAGCCCAAAUGAUUUUGAAAUUGGAGAUAGUAUCAAGGAGGAUGCAAUGCAGAUAAUAUAUAAGGACAUGGAGCAGCAUAGGGCAUUAAUAGAAAAGUCUAAAAGGGUUGUUUCCCAGAACACUGAUCCAGGUAAAUAUCAGAAAAAAGAAUGCAUCUCAGGAAGACAGUGGGACAGCCUUCAAGGAAUCAGACAGGGAAAGUUGAAGUCUCAGCCUAGAGAUUCAGGGAAAGCAGUGGUGCCUCCGAGGCCUCUCCCGGGGAAGAGGUCCUACAGACUCCUCACAUACGGGGAGAGCUUUGGGAGGAGUGCCCAUCUCAUGUGCCGGGUGACCCACCAGAAGGAAAAUCCGUGCAAGUGCAGCAUCUGCGGGAAGUGCUUUGGGAGAAGCAGGAGCCUCAUCAGACACCAAAGAAUCCACACCGGAGAAAAACCUUUCAAAUGUCUUGACUGUGGCAAGAGCUUUAAUGACUCCUCAAACUUUGGUGCUCACCAGAGAGUCCACACGGGGGAGAAACCCUACCAGUGUGGAGAAUGUGGAAAGUGCUUCAGUCAGAGCUCAAGUCUCAUCAUACAUCAGAGAACCCACACUGGAGAGAAGCCCUACCAGUGUGGAGAGUGUGGGAAAAGCUUCACCAACAGCUCCCACUUCAGCGCCCACCGCAGAGUCCACACUGGCGAGAAUCCCUACAAAUGUGUGGACUGUGAAAAAAGCUUCAAUAACUGUACAAGAUUUCGAGAACAUCAGAGAAUACACACUGGAGAGAAGCCCUAUGGAUGUGCCCAGUGUGGCAGACGUUUCAGUAAGAGUUCUGUUCUUAGCAAACACCAGGAAGUUCACGUGAGGGAAAAGCCCCUGCCGCUCCCCCAACCCGCGAGUCCCCCAGAGGUCCCCCCCAAGGGGAAGGUGGAUGAACUCAGGAAAACCUUUUGAUUACGAGCUCUUCUCUUCCUCCAUGUCCCCUUAGACAUUUUACCUUAAUCUCACUCUCGAAAGCAAUCUUUUCUUAGCUAUGAAGUGUAUAAAUAAAGACUCGGAUCCUGUUCUCACCUCUGCCUCUAACUUACCGAUGUGUUCCUCUCCUGUGUGUCUCAACUUCUCCUCGAGCCAAGUGGAGGGGAUGCCCUUUCCAAGUUUGGACUGAGAUUUUCUUCAGGAUGUCGAGGCCCUGCUAAGUCCAGCAACAGUCAGGAUCCUUCAGUGGGGGUGAGUUGUUUUCAAGGGGAGAGAAAAUGCUGAAAAGGUUUUUUUUUCUUUAUCUACCACAUGAGAUCCUGGACGCAACUUGAUCACAGAGCUUCAUGUCUGAGUAGGACUUUAAGCAGUCUGAUCAGAACUGCAUCAAAUCCAUCUUGGUUUUGAGGAUACUCAAAAAGGAGAGUGAAGAUUUCACAGCUUCUACCAGAAGUCUGUUGCAGUGUACCUUUUUUGUGGCAAGCAGUUGAUCCCCAAAGCUAGGAUAGACUCCCCGUGUUGUCGCUGAAAUCUUGUUACUAAUGCCAUGCCCACAGCGAUGAGAAGCAGCCGACACCCGUCAUCUGUACCCCGACCUCUCUGUACCUGAAGACCGACACCCACUUGGCUGCUGCUUCUCCAGCCUAUAAAUAGUCCACUUCCUUUUCCUGCUUCUCCUAGUCCUACACUUACCUCUUAAUUGUUCUGGGUGCUCUUGUCUGACCCCUCUGAACUGCUGUGCCCUCCUCAGAUUGAAUAGGAUGCAUGCUCAUGGUGUGCCUCAUUAAAAUAAAGUAGAAUUUUAAUUCAGACACAUUCUGGUUCUAUAACCUCUCUGGUUCCUACCCAGAACAUGACUGGUAUGUUGGUGUAUUGUAUGCCUCCCAAACCACACUUUAAUGUAAUGUUAUAUAAUAGUAUUCUAAAAUGCAAGAGGGAAGUGAGGUUGAAACCUGAAACAUUUGGUAUUUCUAAGACCAGUCGGACCCCUGAGGUGUGCUUUAAAUCACAUGCCACUGAGUUCAGAACACUUCCAGGACUGUUUGCUAAAUGUCCAGUUCUCUUCUCUGAGGCUUCUAGUCCCUCUUCCUCAGACCACAAACCUAACGAGCCCUGAGUAAUUUAUACGACUCCAUCACUUACUGAGUGAAAGUGAAAAUACUUACAAAAACUUCCCAUCCAGAACACUGUUUUUGUUUUCCUCGUUUACCUUUUUGUCUGAAAAAUAUCUUUGAUACCCACCUAGUACUAGGCCAGCAAACACAGAAGGAAGAGUUCAGGUGGGGGAGGUAGUCAGCUCAGUUCUGGAAGUUACGGGGGAGACCAGGGAAUUCAUCAUGCAGCUGUUUGCUCUGGGAUGAGGCCGGUGGCAUUCACACCCUUCACACACAUGUGACCGGCAGUGGCUUCGCACGGGGGAGGGGAAGCCGUAACUUCAGUGGGAAAGAACCAGAGGCAGGGCUGUGUGUGUGACCUGACCUCUCCUUCCCACUGUUAGAUGCUCUAUUUAUUUGAAGACACCUGGAUAUAAUACUUCUCCUUUGCAUAUGCUUGAAUCUUUUGAAACUCGUUUGGCAGUAUACCAAGAAGCAUAGGCAGCAUAGAAAGAAAUCGAGUCCAGCAUGUGGUGCCAGAAUAGGGUGUUGGCCUAUCAGAAGGCAGGUGACUCAGGUAAACAUUGAUAAAUGUUUCUGAUUUACAUUUGUUGGAAAUGUCAUGAUUGUUCCCGUCUCAGUAGGUCGGUUUCCUCUGCAUUGUCUGAAUUGUAGACUCAUACUGGUAAGUGCAGUUAGCGUGCCCAGCGCAGUAAGGUAUAUGGUGUCAGUGGGUGUGUGCUUAUAUUGUGUAGAUGUUCUGGAGUCCAAUGCUAGAGAAGAUGCACAUAAAUAGAAAUCACUCCAUAGUAAUAUUGGUAAUACUGAUAUUGAUUGAUAAUUAUGUUGAAGCAUGAUUCAGGAAAGUAGAUGAGUUAUUCAUAAGUAUUUAUUAAGAGCUGAUUGUGUAAGGCUGUGUUCUAGGCACAGUGGGGGAUACAAAAGUGAACAAAGGCAUGGUGCCUGUACUCAAAGUAACUUACAUGCUAGAGGAAGUACUGCAGCAAAAGUGAGGCCAGUCACCUCAUGUCAUCUACCAGGGUCAGUGAUGCAGUCAUGAGAAAAUCGUGUCCCCUUGCAAAAGAGUCUUUCUCAUUGCCUAAAAUGCUGUGCCUCUGUCUCUCAGACAUCCCAAUGGCAAGAUACGCUCCAUCUCCAUAUGAGACUGACUCUGUUUCCGUCUCCUAUGUCUGGGAACGAGCUAAAGUGGAACUUCAGUUCCCCUACCACAUUCCUAAUUAGAAAAGGGCUGUUUGGACAUGUAUGUACCUCACUUAAUGAACUUUGUCUCUGUUCUGAGGAAGUAGAAGGUCAUACCCAUCAUCUUAGGCCAAGACUACUUACAUUUUAUCUUUUUCAGCUGGAGCAUGAAAGUCAAAAUGAAUAAUGUGUCAUUUAUAUCACAUAACGUUGUUUUUAUGAAGGUGCAUAGGAAAAGGUUUUGUUCUAGGCCUCAGAACCAGGGAAAGCUCUCAUCCUAAGCAAAAAAAAAGUUACCUAACAAACACUGUGAUUUUUAUAACUUAAAGCUUUUCUCUCUUUGUUCUGCCUGCUGGAGAACUCAACAGAACCUACAGCCCACCUCAACCCACUACCUAAAACCUGUAUUUAUUUAAUCCUAUCUUAUUUCUUUGAAAAUUGUCCCAAAUCCUAUAUUUAAAAAGUAACUAUUUUUUUUAAAUGUCUACAAAUAGACAUUUUAUUCUCUGAUACCUUACCCAAGGCACUUUGGGAACUGGCUUACAUUCCCUGCCUACGCAUGCUUUAUUGUUCCCACAAAUACCUCCAGUUCCUACUGGUGGCUCUAUUAAACAUACAACCUAAUUUAUUCAUAAAUCUUCUUUAAAAAGGAAAACUUCAUACAUAUUCUUAAACAGCUCAGGGCAGCCUGCCAUGGUGGAAUGAGCAUUAGACCAGAAGCCAAAAGAGACACAUUUUAGUCUUGUUACUGCCACUUACUGAGUGUUGUUUGACAAACCAUAUCCUCUCUCUGGGCCUGAAUGCCUUACAUUUAAGAGAAGUUACUUGACUGCCAAGAUUGCUCCAGCUCCGGUGUUUGUGAGACUGUGGGGCAUGGUGCAGAUGAAGAGGUUAUAAGACCGGGCUGCGCGGCCUGGCUCCCUGCUGCGUGCAGCCCCUGGGCCACCCUGGAUCCAUUUCCUGCUUUGGGAAGAGGGACACUGCUUAGGAAGCAGUCCAGCAGCUUGCUCACUAAGGAGGAAGGACAAAUGGUGUGUGUCCAAUACAGGUCCUUGUGCUCAACAGCAGGCAGCCCCUGAGACACCUCGCGGCCAACAGCGGGUGGCUGCAGUGAAGGAAGCUGUUUUGAGGUCUGGUGCCCGGUGACAGACACGACUGAACCAUGAGGGAGCUGGGGAAGCCCCAGAUGCAAGGAGUGGCUGAGUGACAUGUAGCUGUAAGCUUUGUCUCUGUCUGAAUGCAUUCCAAGUGUAAAUGUGUAUCCAUUCAUUGUUUUAUAUUAAUGUUCACUUAGAUGUCUCCUUGAAAACUUGUAUGUGAAAUAAAUGUCUAAAAGAAAUGACUCCCAUUGGU